GAGGGUUUCACAGCAAAGUGUGGCAUUCAUGACCCAGCGCUCAUGCAGUACAGACCGUCCACAGCUUACUUGCCAGCCUCUGCUGCUCUGGCCAGAUCCCAAACGCACAGAGAGAGAGAGAGAAAGUGAGUGAGUGAGAGAGAGAGAGAGAGAGAGAGAGAGAGAGGAGAGCAGAUGUGGUUAGUGUGACAGAGGAGGGAACAGUUAGGUGAACUCUAGAGGGGAAUCCUGAGAGCAGAAAGAAAGGCGAGUAAGGACACAGAACUUUCCACUGCUUUUAUCCUUUCACAUUCCAUUGAUUUUACUAGAUACUUAAGCUUUUAAACAUGGAAGUGAUUCAAGACAGCCAUCUGCACCUGGAGGUGCCUGAGCUGCACAAAUCCCUUACUGAGAUCUCAGAAGAUGAAAUGAACCUCCAAGCCUCUGAUGAAGAAGAUGAAGCCAACACUGAGAACAAAACAAAAGAUGCCAGUGAGAAAGAAGAGGCAGCUGAGGAAGGGAAAGGUGAGAUGAAUGGAGUCAUGGUCCUGGCGCUGCUGGACAAAAUCAUCGGAGCCGUGGACCAGAUCCAGCAGACGCAGGCCGGGCUGGAAGCCCGUCAAAAGGAGAUGGAGAGAUCAGUGAUGGGCAUCCAGGGGGAACUCACCAAACUGUCCAAGAACCACACCACCACGGCAAACACGGUCAAUAAGAUGCUGGAGAAGGUGCGUAAGGUGAGCGUGAACGUGAAGUCGGUGCGGGGGAACAUGGAGAAACAGGCCGGGCAGAUCAAACGCCUGGAGAGCAACGAGAACGAACUUCUGAAGAGAAGAAACUUCAAAGUCAUGAUCUACCAGGACGAGGUGAAAAUACCUUCAAAAGUCAAUGUGGCCAAGUCUAUGAGGUUUCCAGAGCCUGUGGAAGGAGAAGCUGAAGGUGAACUCAAAGCAGCCGCAGAGGAAGGAGGUGAGGACAGAGAGAAAGUCCAUCUGGACCUGUCCUCUGAUGAAGAGGAGGUGGAGAUCGAGGAGACCAUUGAGGAGUCUCGAGCAGAGCGCAUCAAACGGAGCAGCCUGCAACGUGUCCAGACCAUCAAAACCGCUUUCUCGAAGGGAAGUAUGGAAAAAACCAAGCAAAAGACCAAGGAUAACUUGGAGAAGACCAAACAGAAGACCAAAGCAAACCUGGAGAAAACUCGCAUUAAGACCAAAGAGAACUUUGAAAAAUCCAGGCAGAAGACCAAGGAGAACCUGGAGAAGACCAAACAGAAGACCAGAGAGAACCUGGAGAAAACACGUCACAACAUAGAGAAAAAGAUGGGCAAACUCACCAAUCGCAUGUCUGUGAACCCCGAACGCAAGGAGAAGAUGAUGACCUCGCAGAAGAAGGUGAUGAAGUCUUUCACUCCGGACCACAUCAUCUAUGCCCGCUCCAAAACGGCCGUCUACAAGGUUCCACCGUUCACCUUCCACGUGAAGAAGAUCCGUGAGGGAGAAUUGGAGAUCCAGGGAACCGAGAUGGUGGAAGUCGGCGGGGACAUAGAGGAGGUGGAGAAUGCAGUGAUGGAGGGAGGAGAAGAUGAGGAGAUGGAGAUGGAUGAUGGAGACAUGGUUGAGGAAGACGACGAGACAGAAGACAGCCCUGAGAUAAGGGCACUACUGGAGAGGGAAAACGAGCUGGUGUUGGUGGAAGACCAUGACAGAGACAGCGAUUAGUGUGUGUGUGUGUGUGUGUGUAUGUGUGUGUAUGUGUGUGUUCGGCGCUUACACAUUAGAACAUUUGAUGGGUGGGAAUGCAUCAAAUACGUUUUUAACCAUGUUAAUGAGCCGGCUCAGUUUGAUAUCAAGUGUCAAUGCAGCAAGUAUUUCAUUUCUGAAAGCACAACUCCCCUAGAUUGUAAUUGAUAAUAAAAAAAGAAAAGCUUUUGGUUGCUAGAGCAUCGGGCCAUUUCGCCAAACCUAGAUUUUUGUCCUCCCAGCCUUUGCGCCCAUUGAAGUGUUGCAGCGUUCUUUGACAUAGCGUAACCUCUAUUGUGUAGGCGCCCUGUGCAUGUGUGCUGUACUGCUGAUCCAGAUGUUGGAUGUUGCAGGAGAAUGUGAAAGUAUCCGUUUGCAUGUGUGUAUUUACGUCUUUUCUAGCAGCAAAAUGUUUCAAAUAUAAGGUGACUUCAUUCACCUGAUGUAUGUGCGACUGAAAGAUUUACUGUACUAGUCCAAGUAACUUAGUUCCUGGAGUUCACCUUGUUUGAUAAGGGUAUAUGGGCAGGGACUAGGCGUGCUGACCAAUAAGAUGAAAUACGGUUUCUGGAAACAUUUUUAUGCUAGUUGGAAAGAAUGAACUGACAUUUUUGACUAUAUGAAAUAGAUAGACUUGAUCAAAUGAACAACAGACUUCUCGGGCAGGUAGUUCUGUUGUAGUAGAAGAUUAUUUGGUCACACUUUAUAUUAGGUGGCCUUAACUACUAUGCACUAACAUUAAAUACCCACAUGACUAUAGAUUUACUGUAUAGCCAAAUGUUGUUUUGGAAAAUUCCCACAUUUCCUGCUAAUGACUUUGAGGUAUGGUUAGGUUUAGGAGUUAAGGCCACCUGAUAUAAAGUGUGACUGAUUAUUUUUCUUCUUGUUCUAGUCUCAGAGCUACAGACUGUUCUAUGCUUUUCAUAGAAGAAAAUUGGAAGAACAAACCAAGAUAAGAAAACCUGAAGUAUUGCUUCUAAGUGCUCAUUUUUACAUAUCUUUUUAUAUAGCUUAGAGUUUAAUGAAUAAUUUUACAUUUCCUUAAAACAGUCUGUCAUAGUCAAACUGUUACACUGUUUUUUUCUGUCCCAAUGUGACAAAUCACACAAAUGAUAAAUAGUUAAAAAAGAAGAUGAAACCAUUGAAACACCAAAAAAAAAAAGAAAAAGAAAAAAAAGAAAAAAAAAGACAUGAAUACACUUUUUAUCCUCAUAAUAUUUUGCAUUGGUUUGCUGUCAAAAUAUAUUGACUAAGAAGUAUAAUGAUCUAUAAAAUGAUCUUGGUUUCAGAAUGGGAUGUAAACUGCAAUACUGUUUGUGUAACAUUUGCAUGUCCCCUGGUAGACAUGUGUGGUAUUGUUAUAAUAGGUCAACGAGCGAUGAACCCUUCCUCAUUUGUAGACCUAAGAGCACAAACAUUUAAUCAUACCUAUAUGCAAAAAUAGGUAUGAACUGCAAAAAGCUAUAGCUAAUGUCAUCAGCACCUCCUGAUCUUGAAUUGAAUGCAUAUAAUUAUGAAUCACUGCUA